AUGCCUCCUCCCCGCGCCGUCCUGCCCGCGCUCCUCCUCGCCGCGCUCCUCGCCUCCGCCGGCGUCGCGGGCGGCACGGAGGUCCUCGCCAAGUCCCGGCUCGAGCUCUGCGAGCGCGACUCCGGCGAGGGGGGCCGCAUCUCCUGCGCCCAGAAGCUGGUCCUCGACCUCGCCGUCCCCUCCGGCUCCAGCGGCGGGGAGGCGUCGCUGGUGACCAAGGUGGUGGACGUGGUGAACGGCACGGAGCCGUCGCGGAGCCUGCGGGAUCCCCCCGUCAUCACCAUCAGCAAGAGCGCCGUCGCCGCGGUCUACGACCUCAUCUACAUGAUGGAUGUUGCUUACAAACCUGAGGAACACUAUGUGGAGACGCGCAAAUGCGAACCAGAUGCUGGUGCUGACGUUGUUGGAUAUUGUGAAAGGUUGUGGAAUGCGGACGGUACUGUAGUUCCGCACACAGAGCCUGUUUGCUGUCCCUGUGGGCCUAAUCGACGUGCACCAUCAUCUUGUGGAAACAUUUUUGACAAAAUAGUCAAAGGAAAACGCAAUACAGCUCACUGUCUACGAUUUUCAUCUGACUGGUUCCAUGUUUGGGGCAUAAGAGAAAAAUCACUUGGAUUCAGCAUCAAAGUUCAAGUGAAGAAAGGAUCUUCUAUAUCGGAGGUUGUUGUUGGACCAGAAAAUAGAACUGUCGUUUCUAAUGAUAACUUUCUCAAAGUAAAUCUUGUUGGUGACUAUGCUACUUAUAAUAGUAUGCCAACAUUUGAGAACAUGUAUCUAGCGACUCCACGGAAGGGUGCUGGAAGUGGUCAGCCGCAAGACCUUGGCGAUGAACAUUCCAAGUGGAUGCUGCUGGAGAGAGUUCGUUUUGGUCCUGGAUGCAACAAGAUAGGUGUUGGUUAUGAGGCUUUCCAAUACCAGUCUAGUUUCUGUUCAUCAUCACUUUCAAGCUGCUUGAACGAUCAGCUUUGGAACUUUUGGGAGAGUGACAAAAGUCGGAUAGACAGGAAUCUAGUGCCCGAACAUAUUGUGGAGGGAAGGUUUCAAAGGAUCAAUGAACAUCAAAAUGCAGGUGCUCAUACUUUUUCUGUGGGAGUCACAGAAGCCAUUGCUUCUAAUUUACUGCUAGAGCUGAGUGCUGAUGAUAUACAAUACUUCUAUCAGAGGAGUCCAGGCAAGAUAAUGGACAUUAGCGUGUCAACAUUUGAAGCCUUGAGUCAAGUUGGUGUUGCAAAGAUCAAUACUAAGAAUAUUGGCGAACUGGAAGCUUCUUAUAGAUUGACAUUCAACUGCGUACCUGGCAUUGGUAACUUGGAGGAGCAGUACUAUGUCAUGAAACCUGGCGAAGAGAUCAUCCGAUCAUUUGACUUGCGUUCAUCAACAGAGCAAGGAGAAAAAUAUCGAUGUGAAGCUAUUCUGAAGGCGUCAGAUUUUAGUGAAGUUGACAGAGUAGAAUGUCAAUUCACUACUACAGCUACAGUUUUCAAUAAUGGAUCACAGAUUGGUCCGACGGAUGAGCCCAAGAAGGCCAGCUUGGGUUUCUUCGACACCAUCAAAGCUUUCUGGCGCAACCUCUGGGAUUUCGUGACCAACUUCAUUACCGGCAAAUCCUGCAGCUGGAACAAGUGCUCGAGCCUCUUCGACAUCACCUGCCAUUUCCAGUACAUAUGCAUCGGCUGGAUCGUCAUGAUCUUCCUGGUGCUCGCUACGAUACCCAUAGGCGCAAUAGUCCUGUGGCUUCUGCAUCAGAACGGCUUCUUCGACCCGGUGUACGACCUGUUUGGGGCGGAGACGUACGAGUACGACCGCGCGCGCCCUAGGCACAGGAAAGGCGGCCAUCAUCAUCACCACCACCACCACCACCGGCGGCACUCGCACCACCACGGCGACCACCACCAUUCCCACAGGCGGCACCACCACGCGCACCAGAGCAGCGAGCCCAGCCACCACCACGUCCUGCACAGGCACGGCGGCGAGCAGUGGGAGGCGGCGGCGGCAGAAGCCCACCGGCCGCACUGGCACGACCCGGCGCUCGGCGUGCAGCACUGGGCCGGCGGUGCUGGGCACAAGCACCGGCACGGCAAGGCGGCGGCCGCGGCCGCGCUGCAUCUGGAGGACGCCGCGGAGUUCAGGGAGUGGAGGCGGGACGAGGCCAGGCACGCCCAGCACGGGCUGCAAGGCCACGACCGCCGCCGCUGA